UACCGGUUUUUUAUAAACAUGUCGGAAAGUGGUUGUGCAUUGUGAUUUGUUAAUUUAUGUUAAAUCUUUUUAGAAAUAUACUUUUGCACAUGGUUUUAUUUACUUUUUUCGACUAGAUUGUUGUGUUGGUGAGAUGAUGAGCAAAUGAACGAAAUGUGGUAGAAGAGGAUUCAAGAUUAACUUCUAUAAAUCACAGCAAUCGCCAGAGUUAAAAGGCUUAAAAAGUUUCAAGCAUUCUAAAAUCGGAGUAUUUGUUUGCUAAUAACACAAAUUAGACUUUGUGGUUGCGUUUUGUUUGAUCCAUUGUGUUUUUGGAUAUCUGUUUUUCACCAAUUUAACCUUUUGUGAAUAUAAAUUGCUAUAUUUUCGGAUAACGCUAGCCCACAAGAUGGCCGACUGUUAUUCGUAAGAUAAUGUCAGGUGCGUCUGGUUCUUCAGGAAGUGGGACCGGACACAGCAGAGGGACUGGUGAUAUCGAAAACAAAGCAGACAAAGAAAACAAAUCGAAUCCGAAAAUGUCCAAGGCACUCGGUACCUCGGCUAAGAGAAUCCAGAAGGAGCUUGCUGAAAUUACUUUGGACCCCCCGCCAAAUUGCAGCGCGGGUCCAAAAGGAGACAAUCUAUAUGAAUGGGUCUCCACAAUUUUAGGACCACCUGGUUCAGUAUAUGAAGGUGGAGUUUUCUUCUUGGACAUACAUUUCUCACCAGAAUAUCCAUUCAAACCUCCUAAGGUGACAUUCCGCACUAGAAUAUACCACUGUAACAUAAAUAGCCAAGGUGUCAUAUGUCUUGACAUACUGAAGGAUAACUGGUCUCCAGCGCUCACUAUAUCAAAAGUCCUAUUAUCUAUAUGUUCACUACUUACUGAUUGUAAUCCUGCGGACCCAUUAGUCGGCAGCAUUGCGACUCAGUAUCUGCAGAACAGAGAGGAGCACGACCGCAUCGCGCGCCUCUGGACGAAGCGUUAUGCGACAUGAUUGCUCUACUGUCACUCUCCACCCAAAACAUACUCAAAAUCUUAUUUUCUAAAUCCAUCCUAUUCAUGUUAAAUGUAAACUAACGUAACCCAGUCAUUAUAUGCACUCUUUAGAACAUAUUUUAAGCUGGGACGUAUGUAACCCGUGUAAAGUAAGUCAGAAUCCAUGUUCCUAGUGUAAUGAUAAUAUGUUAUAAACGUGUGCAUAUUACUGAUUUAGCUUUACGAAUAUUUUGUUGCAAUGAAUGUGAAUUUUUUAAUGCUCGAGAGCAGUUGGACUAUAUUAUUUUAGGUGACGAGUUAAUUAUUUACAAAUUUAGUUCACUAUGUUUUAUACAGUGAUAAUAAGUACUAAUCGUAUAUUGCAUAGGCUGAAUCGGUGAUUUGAGUCAAUUGUCGCGACGUAUGCAUUGAUCUCAAGCGCUAUUUGAACUGUUUAGGUAUGUAUCUGGUAAAACAUUAAUUUAUGAUUUAUUAUGACAUGGUGCAAAAACUUUGUGAUUGGUUUAUAUGAAAUUUUGUGAUCAAGCUAGUUGUAAAAAUACUGCCAAUAUAAAUUUCAUGUAGUGAUUAAUCUAUUAGACAAUUUUUUUGACUCUCCUUUAGUAAAAUUCCAGUUGAUUAAGAAGUUUACAAUGCAAACUGUUUCUCCACUAGUUGAUUAUUGUUCUAGUCGAGAUAUUUGUUGUUUUCGAUUCAACAAAUAUAAAUAAUAUAAUUUAUGUAUGACUUUUGCUUUUCCUAUCCUGUAAUAUCUGCAACCAUGAUAGUGCAGUUACUAACAUGAACUCAAUAGUUUUCUGAUAUAAAAUAUACACUAUAAACUUAUUUAUUUUUGUAGUAAAGAGCUUGUAUAAAUUAUAUAUGUCCGCAGUUAAGUCUUCAACGCGAGAAAUGCUUUUUUUCGCUUCACAUCCUUAACAUAUCAAAACAUGACAAUUCUUUUUUUCCAAAACUUAAAAUCGUGCCAAACCUGCGUAGGCACUAUCCGUGGCUCGUCUACUAAAAUAUUCCGUUUAGAAUGUAAACAGUUGUUAGAUGUAAGUUAUUUUAUUGUUUAGGUAAUGUACAAUGUAUGUCUUAACCCUAGAUUUAAAAUAGAGACUAGUUCUGUAAUUUUUAGCUAAAAUGUAUGUCGCGUGUAUAUGAAUGGUGAUACCGCUGUGGGACGAGUGACGACGAACAUUAAGCUGUUUGCACACCGACGCUGCGAACAUAAAGCGGCUGACACAUCUACUGCCUCAUCUAAAAUGGCAUGCGUUAUGCGGCUUGAGCACUGACCCGAUGGACUUAUACUGGUAAUGUUUAGAGAGGGGUCGUGUUCAAUAGGAAAUAUUAUGCAAAGGUCAGCAGAGGGAGCUACUAGCAUAUAUACAAUUAACCGACCAAAAUCCGACAUUCUGCACACGGAAUCUAAUAUUUCAGUCAAUAUCAUAAUAUUGACAAAUUGUCAGACGUUGAAGAAAACUUACAAUACUUUGUUUACUGUCUAUGCUGGUGCUGCCGUGAAAACAUUGCAGGAAUAUGUCUUAUUGUAGACAGCUGCGCAUGGUUAUCCAUCUUGCGUCCAUGCCAUUGUUGCAUCGCUUUUUCGGAGUUCGCGGCGUCGAUGUGUGACCAGCCAGAACUGGUGCUGUGAGAUUCAAAUGCUGGCGACAUACGAUAAAUGAAUACCGCAUCUGUAUUCGUGACUGGAGUAUAUUUUGUCAAUGUGAUUUUUUAAAUUAUUUUAUACUGUCUGUGGCGUGUGCGCGAGGGCGGUCGCCGCUCCUGUUCCUGACUGCGCGAUGUUUAUAAACUCUGAUCCACUUAUAAUCAUCCUCUGUUAAAAUUUGUAAAUGGCAUAAAAUAGUAAAAUAAAUUGUGUGUAAUUAGGACACAAAA